AUCACUGGCUCACUGCUGUCUGGGGAGGACACAUGGCUGGACUGGGCACAGGGCAGAGCUGAGAGGCUUUUCUCUGCUACAGACAGCAGCUUUUAAUCCCUCUACAGCCUUUUUUUCACAUAUUUGAAGGUUAAGUUCUCUUUUGCAAGCAGAAGUGCUGCAUGGAUGCCUCUUUGCCUUCUUGAGGGAGCUGUAGCUAAAGAAGGGGCUUACAGGACGAUUGCCCCGCCAUGGAAUGUUAUAGAUUUGCAAACAGGAUCUCAGGAAGUUUUUCUUCCCUCUCCUGGGUUUGGAGCUGCGGUUCUGGAUCCGAGGAGCGUGUGCACUUCUUUGAAUUCCCUCAGAGACUGGGAACAUCAAAUUGGGAAGACUGUGGCUCCGGGUAAUGGUUUAAGAGACCAGCAGACACCUCUAGCCAUUUAAACACGCACACACACUUUUUGCACCUACUCUACACCCAUCCAGACGAAGGAAUUCAGGAUGCGACGCUUUGACAAGCUGAAAAAGUCAUUCCCCUUCCUGGCACACUUUCAUAUAUAUCGAAAACUGGGCGGUAGCAUGCAGUGCGAGGAAGGCACCGAAUGGCUACUGGAGCUGCUGAUGGAGGUGCAGUUGCAGCAGUACUUCCUGCGGAUCCGGGAUGACCUUAACGUCACACGGCUGUCACACUUCGACUAUGUCAAGAACGAAGACCUGGAGAAGAUUGGCAUGGGUCGACCUGGGCAGAGACGACUGUGGGAGGCUGUGAAAAGGAGGAAAGCCAUGUGCAAGCGCAAGUCCUGGAUGAGCAAGGUGUUUAGUGGUAAGCGCCCAGACGGAGGAGACUUCCCCCAGCAAGGCCAGCCGGCCUCCUCCUUUCGUAAGCUGUCUCCCACACCUCCACUGGGCCUGGGGGAGGGAGUCCUGGCCACACAGCCCGAUGGUGGUGCUCCUCUUGACGGGCAGCAGCAGGCUCUGACCUGCCUCAUCCCAGAGAAGGAUCUGACGCUGUUUGAGAAGCUGGGGGACGGCUCCUUUGGUGUAGUGAAAAGAGGAGAGUGGCUGACGCCUGCAGGGAAGGUGCUGAACGUAGCUGUAAAGUGUCUGAAGACAGAUGUGCUCAGCCAGCCCGAUGCUCUGGAGGACUUCAUCUGUGAGGUCAACGCCAUGCACUCUUUGGACCACCAGAACCUCAUUCGCCUCUACGGUGUGGUGCUCACACACCCAAUGAAGAUGGUGACCGAGCUGGCUCCCCUGGGUUCUCUGCUGGAGCGUUUGCGAUGUGUUCGUCCACAGGGCCCAGUGUUGAUCCACACUCUGUGUCAGUAUGCCGUACAGGUGGCCUGUGGCAUGGCCUAUCUGGAGCAGAGGAGGUUCAUCCACAGGGACCUGGCAGCCAGGAACAUCCUGCUGGCCUCAGCUCACAGAGUGAAGAUCGGUGACUUUGGCCUGAUGAGGGCGCUGCCCAACAACCAUGAGCACUAUGUCAUGCAGGAGCAUCGAAAGGUCCCCUUUGCAUGGUGCGCCCCAGAGAGUCUGAAGACCAGAACGUUCUCCCAUGCUACAGACACGUGGAUGUUUGGAGUCACUCUCUGGGAAAUGUUCACACAUGGCCAGGAGCCUUGGCUGGGACUCAAUGGGAGCCAGAUACUGCACAAGAUUGAUAAAGAAGGUGAACGCCUCCCUAAGCCCGAAGACUGUCCGCAGGAUAUCUAUCAUGUUGUGCUGCAGUGUUGGGCUCAGAAACCAGACGACAGACCCACCUUUGUCGCCCUGCGUGAGUUCCUGCUUGAGACCAUGCCCACAGACAUGUGUGCUCUGCAGGACUUUGACGAGCCUGACAAACUCCAGAUCCAGCUCAAUGAUGUCAUCACUAUCAUAGAGGGGAGGGCUGAGAACUACUGGUGGCGAGGUCAAAACAAGCGGACCCUUAAGGUCGGACCGUUCCCUAGAAACGUGGUGACAUCAGUCGCAGGUUUAUCAGCUCAUGACAUCAGCCGGCCGCUCAAGAACAGCUUCAUCCACACAGGACACGGAGACACCAACCCUCAUCGCUGCUGGGGCUUCCCUGACAGGAUUGACGAUUUGUACCUCGGUAAUCCCAUGGAUCCUCCUGAUGUCCUUGCUGUAGACCACAGUGGUGCUCGGCCCACACAGCUACCAGGACGAGUUAAAAAGCCCUGCUAUGAUUCAGUAAACGAUGAUGAGGAUCUGACUUCGGCAGGACUAAAGAGAUUAUCACUUCGGAAAACGGGUUCCGUCAAAGGCUUAAAACUAAAACCCGCUGCAUGGGUCUCUGCUUGCAAACAGGGGGGUGGCCGGACUUCAGGCUCAGGUAACAACCACAACAGUGAAGUGUCCCUCAUUGACUUUGGGGAGGAGUUCCCCCCACCCACACCAUCCCCCUCCCCUGUGGUUGAAAUCCAGAUUCCUUUACUGGCAAAGCUAGCUUUGGAAGCAGACAACAUCCUGGACCGGACUCCACCUCAGAGUCCGUCCAGAUCGCUGCCCCGCCCCCUUCACCCUACGCCAGUAGUGGACUGGGAUGCCCGGCCAUUACCCCCACCCCCUGCCUAUGACGAUGUGGCCCAAGACGAAGACGAUAUGGAGGUGAGCUCCAUCAACAGCUCAGAGCAGCAGCAUGAAGAGGAGCUGAGUGAUGUCCAUAACCCAGAUCAGGCUCUCUUCUCUGGACAGAAGGGGGAGAGUGAGGCUCUUGUCUCCAGGGGUCUAGACAGAUCAGGCCUGGAGGACAACCUCUUUCUCCCCAGCAAGCAGAGCCAGGUUGUGUCCACCUCCUUCUCCCAGUCAGCAGAGAUCUUCCAAGAACUCCAGCAAGAGGGGGCGCGGGGCGAAACGCCCCCGCCCCCGAGCGCACGCCCGGGGUCCCAAAAAACACAAACCCACGAGGGGCACCAGCAGAGUGUCUUCUCCUCCAGUGAGGACAGACCCCAGAUCCCCCCACGUGUCCCCAUACCCCCUCGCCCCAUAAAGAGGGGCGACUACACAUCUGCUCGCUGGUCAAGGGAUCUCUCCCUGUCACCUACGCCAACUGACACCACAGAGGACGUUUCAGGCCCAAACCGGCCACCUCAGAUCCCUCCCAGGGACCUUUUGUCCCAGCCGGGCUCCAGGACUCCCAGCCCCAUGGGCCUGGUAGUGGGCUCCCCCCAGCAGAGAGUCUACUCUGUCAGCCCCACCACCAUGCAGGCUCCUAUUACCUCCUGCCCCUCCACACACACCUUUGGCUCCUACCUCUCCACCUCUCCAGGUAAACUCAUGCCUCCCACACACAGCUUUGCCUCAGAUCCUAAAUAUGCUGCACCCAAAGUGAUCCAGGCGCAGGGGAAGGACGCUGCCAGCAAGGGCCCCUGUAUCCUCCCCAUCGUCCGUGAUGGACGUAAAGUCAGUAACACACAUUAUUACCUACUGCCGGAGAGGCCCCCAUACCUCGACCGCUAUGACCGCUUCUUCAGGGAGGCAGAGAGCCUGCCUGCCAGCGGUGUGGAGGAAAGGCAUGUACGGCAAGUUAACACCGCCACUGUCAGACCCAUGGUGGUCAGUAGCCAGACUCUCCAGGGACAGGCCCAGGGACAGGGGCUUGUCCAGCCAGGCGAGCCGAAGGCUAAUUUCUCCUCCAACAAUAACAGCAGUCUGGGUGCACCAAGGUCAGGGAUGAAGACAUCAGUUAGUCUCCCUCGCGUCUGUUCAGACGGGCUGACAGCCGCGGUGGUGGUCACUGGUUCCUGCAUCAGGACAGACGGAGGAGGGAACUCAGCUGACAGGGUCAAAAUGGUGCAGGACGCAGUCCACGGUGUCACAAUAGAGGAGUGCCAAGCCGCCCUCCAGAACCACAACUGGAAUGUCCAGAAAGCUGUGCAUUAUCUAAAGGUGGAGCAGUUGUUCUGUUUGGGUCUGAGGAGCAGGUCAGAGUGUCUAAAGCUGCUGGAGAUGUAUGACUGGAACCUGGAGGUGGCCAGCACUCAGAUGUUAGAUAACUAUGGAUCCACAACAAGACAGAGACGGUGACAGAAAUCUCAAGCUGCUGAGCUCUGAUUGGACCUUCAUCCUCAGUAAAACAUCAUCAGAGGAGGUGAAUCUACUCCUGACCCUUCUUAUUUAUGCUUCAGACACGCCUCCAAUCAGAAGACUGUUUUCUGACUAUAGACGAAUCAAGCACAUUUUCACUGAACUAGCACAAAAUACCAAACUUUAUUAUGGCUCUUUUCAUACUUGACACGGACAAAGGAAUUACACCUGGGUGGUAAGAAAAGAAGACUUUGGGUUAUUUGGACUUUGGUCUGAAAGAUAUGCGAUUGUUGCACUUAUUAAGAAAUGGUAGACUGCCCUCUCCCACCUUUUCCAAGUUGUUGGACACAAAAAUGGCACUGUACUUUGUGAGUUCAAUUUCAUGUGGUGAACCUGAAAUGUCACAGAUCCUGGGUGCUACCACACUGUGUCAGAUCCACUUACUGGUAUCCUCACUGCCGCAAUUACACUGUUGACCAACUGCUGAGAGAUACUUUAGCCAUCUUUUCUUUUGUUAAUGUCAUUAAAAAGCCAGUUCGAAAGUGAACCCAUACAACGCCAUGAGGUAAUUGUAUUUUGUCAGAAUGUUGCCAAGAACUAUUACCGUUUGACUGAAAGCUGGUAUCUCAUUUAGUGAACAGUGUCAGAAUUUAACUGAAAUACUGUAUAGUGUAUACAGAUUUUACCUCUACCAUGUAAAAGCUCAACAAAAACAAAACUAAUACUUAUUUGGCUGUCCGGGCCAGGAAAUAAUAUAGCCCGUUUACAGUUGUUAAGAGGGGAUAUGAUUAUGAAAAUUGCUGCUGAAAGACUGUGGAGUCAAGGAAAAAUGUGCAGAAGACACUGCUGCAAAAUAAACAUUUAGACCUCUACAAUGAAAAGAAAAGCUCACAUCCUCCAUCGUUUGUAUAAUACAUUUAGUAUUGACGCAGUACUGCACAAGAGACAGAGGUGAAACCAGCCCAGUGUUGACCUGAAUCUGAAGAAUUAAUGGAAAAAGAAGAUCAGGGAAGCAGUUUGUCCAAGAUUCACUUAUUUUAAAAGACCCACAAAACUGUCUAAUAUAUAAUCGAAGGGUAUAAGAAAUAUAUCCUUUAUAAAGAGACAUUUAUGUGUUUGUUAACAAAAUAUUGGUGUAUUAUUUUAAUACAUUUUAAACACGAUGCUCAGAGACAAGAAAAGACUGUUAUGUCAUUACCGGGCAGGCUAUUUUAUAUGCGUCUUUCCUUGAGUUGAAAACUGAUCUUAGACUCUUGCCACAUUUGGCUUUAGAUCAAAAGGCCACACAGUCAGUGCAAACUUCCCACACUCCAGAUUUCCUUAUUCCUUCCCUCGAAGCACUUUGCCCAAACAUAACUCCUGAGCAUCAGCUGAAAACCCCUGCCAGCUGGGUAUUUUCUGCAGACUACGUUGGCAGCUAAUAACAGCACUGCAGUGAAAUAUACCCCAAGGCACAGAUCCUGUCCCAUAAUCAUCACUUAAAACCAUAACUGUGAUAUUUUGGUCAGCAGCUUUGGGGGCAAUAAUUUAAAACUGGGAGGACGUGUCAGCUCUGUGUGAACAGUAGAGCCCUCUGCAAUGAAUAUAGAAGACUUUGGGCCUGUCUGGCUUUUGUUCUCCCGUUUUAUUACAGAUGCACUUAGUAUGUGAGGACUCAACUAAAAGUAAGGGAAAUAAAAGGCAUUCCACAUGCUUUGACAUUGAAAAACAAUAGUUUACAGGCAAUUUAUGGUCAACACACAUGAUCCUUUGGUGCUAUAGAAAAAAAAACUAACAUUUGCCAACUGGUACCCAACUAUUUACAUUUAAAUGGUUGUCCACAUGAAGACACUGGCUUUGCUUCAACCAGCCCCCCCCAAUAUGUCCACAAAAACGUAUGUGACAGGUCUCUGAGCACAAUCUGUUUGGGCAUACAGUAAAUUUCAAAUGGCCUCGACAAAAACUAAUAUGGAACCACAACAAGCCAGCUACCUGCCAGUGAAAAUGAUAUACAUGACUGAUAUUGGAUGAUAAACUCCAGUAAAAGUUUUCCUCCGUGUGCAAUAAGGCUGCUGUAGAACCUGUAACCUCCCAGUCUGUCCAUCCAUCCAUCAGUGCCAUUCAGUUGUGUAAAAAGAGCUUUUAUCUCUGCCGUCAUGUAUACUAGUAAAUUAAUGCACAGGAAACACCGUUUUCAGUAACAAGUUUUUGGUGACUCAGUUUUCCUCCCCAGAGAAGAAUGAAGUUGUCCUUAAACACUGAUUCAGAGUCAGUUUUGCCAGUUCUUCCCUCUGUGUUGUGGUAAAGCUAAUUGCCAACCAGUGCGUAAAGGACAGCUUAAUGUGAUGGCUGCCUCCACAGUCUGUCCAUGUGUUUUGUCUUCAUACCAAGCUGCUGUAGUUUUUUUGAAGGACUGAAGUGAACCUUGUGGUGUUAUGAUCAACCCAAAGCAACAUGCUCCUGUUGUGGUGUUGAGACUCUGAUGUUAGAAAACUCAGUUCAGUUUAGUCUUUGUUUGCCAGAUCAGUUUCUUCACAAACUGUCUGCUAUUUUAAGUCAUUCAUAUUGUUUUUGCUGUUUAUUCCUUCAAUCCAACUUGCCAUUUCUUCCUCAUUUGUAUGUAUUUGCUUCCCAGAAUGUUUUAUUUUAAAUGCCUACUGUACAGUUGGAUUUCAUUGUUUCUCUCCUCCUGGGUUGAUGGAAAUGCUCAAGAGAAGUUCAUGCUGCCGAAUUUAAAAAUGUAUUUUUUAUUAAAUAAUUAAUUAUUUUUUA